AUGGGCGCGUACAAGUACAUCGGGGAGCUCUACAAGAAGAAGCAGUCGGAUGUCCUCCGCUUCCUGCUGCGUGUCCGCUGCUGGGAAUACCGCCAACUGAACGUCAUUCACCGUGCCUCGCGUCCCUCACGCCCUGACAAGGCGCGCCGCCUCGGUUACAAGGCCAAGCAAGGCUAUGUCAUCUACCGUGUUCGUGUUCGUCGUGGUAACCGCAAGAAGCCCGUCCCUAAGGGCGCGACGUACGGCAAGCCCGUCCGCCAGGGUGUGAACCACCUCAAGUUCCAGCGUGGUCUCCGUUCGAUUGCAGAAGAACGUGUCGGACGCCGCUGUGGUAACCUCCGCGUGUUGAACUCGUACUGGAUCAACCAAGAUGGUAUUUACAAGUACUACGAGGUCAUCCUUGUUGACCCCAACCACAAGGCUAUUCGUCGCGACGCCAGGAUCAACUGGAUCACCAAGCCGGUACACAAGCGUCGCGAAGCACGCGGCCUGACAAGCAUUGGCAAACAAAACCGUGGUAUCGGCAAAGGUCACCGCUACAACCACACCCCAGUCCGCUCCACCUGGAAGAGGCACAACACCCUCUCUCUCCGCAGGUACCGGUGA